AUGGCAGCAGCAGCAGCAAUGUGGGGGAGCUCGCCGGAAGAGCAGCGGAAGCGCAAGGCCAGGAAAGGAGAGGUGGUUGUGGAUCACUUCGGCAAACACCCUUUGCAGAACAGGUGGGCCCUGUGGUUCUUCAAAAACGACAAGAGCAAGACCUGGCAGGACAACUUACGGCUUGUCACCAAGUUUGACACUGUGGAAGACUUCUGGGCGCUAUAUAGCCACAUCCAGCUGGCUAGCAAGCUGACAUCUGGCUGUGAUUACUCCCUCUUCAAGGACGGCAUUGAGCCCAUGUGGGAAGAUAACUGGAACAAGCGUGGUGGUCGCUGGCUGAUCACGUUAGCCAAGCAGCAGAGGCACACAGACCUUGACCGUUUCUGGUUGGAGACUCUGCUCUGCCUGAUCGGAGAGAUGUUCAGUGACUACAAUGAUGAUGUCUGUGGGGCAGUCAUCAACAUCCGUGCCAAGGGAGACAAGAUUGCAAUCUGGACCCGGGAGGCAGAGAACCGGGAUGGGGUUAUCCAUAUCGGGCGUGUCUACAAGGAGCACCUGGGCCUGUCUUCAAAGGUGGCGAUUGGUUACCAGGCGCAUGCAGAUACAGCCACCAAGAGUAGCUCCCUCAUGAAGAACAAGUUUGUGGUGUGAAGGAGUUAGGAUGGAGCAGAGGAGUGGGCCGGAUGGAGAUGUGUUGGAAUCUAGUUCAUGUCUGCUUUCAAUAUUAAAGUAGCGGGAUCAAACAUUCUGUGUGUAUGUGUUUCCUUGGACUGGAGUGGUGUGGAAGUUACUGGCUCUUAGCAUUAAUGUUCUUCUGGUUAGCUUCAUU